CGCGUCCGGCCUGGGCGCCCGGCGGGGGGAUGCGCGCGGGGGGACGUGGCCGAGGGCGGCGCGCGCUCGCGGGGAGCGGAGGCCGCUGAGACCCCCAGGCCGGCUCGGAGGUCGGCCGGCCGGAGAGCGCGCGGGAGACGGGCCGGGCAGGUGGCCGCGCCGGCUAUGCUGAGGCACGAUGCUGGCCCGCAAGAGCAUCAUCCCCGAGGAGUACGUGCUGGCGCGCAUCGCCGCCGAGAACCUGCGCAAGCCGCGCGUGCGGGACCGUCUGCCGCGCGCCCGCUUCAUCGCCAAGAGCGGGGCCUGCAACCUGGCGCACAAGAACAUCCGCGAGCAGGGCCGCUUCCUGCAGGACAUCUUCACCACCCUGGUGGACCUCAAGUGGCGCCACACGCUGGUCAUCUUCACCAUGUCCUUCCUCUGCAGCUGGCUGCUCUUCGCCAUCAUGUGGUGGCUGGUGGCCUUUGCCCACGGGGACAUCUAUGAUUACAUGGAGAACAGCGUCCAGGAGAGGAGCGGGCUGGAGUCCAAGGUGUGUGUGACCAACGUCAGGUCCUUCACUUCUGCUUUUCUCUUCUCCAUCGAGGUCCAAGUGACCAUUGGCUUUGGAGGGAGGAUGAUGACGGAGGAGUGCCCGCUGGCCAUCACGGUGCUCAUUCUCCAGAACAUCGUGGGUCUGAUCAUCAAUGCCGUCAUGCUGGGCUGCAUCUUCAUGAAAACUGCGCAGGCGCACAGGAGGGCAGAGACACUAAUUUUCAGCCGCCACGCCGUGAUUGCCGUGCGCAACGGCAAGCUGUGCUUCAUGUUCCGCGUGGGUGACCUCCGGAAGAGCAUGAUCAUCAGCGCCUCUGUGCGCAUCCAGGUGGUCAAGAAAACCACCACCCCCGAGGGGGAGGUGGUGCCCAUUCACCAACUGGACAUCCCCGUUGACAAUCCCAUCGAGAGCAAUAACAUCUUCCUGGUGGCCCCUUUGAUCAUCUGCCACGUGAUUGACAAGCGCAGUCCCCUCUAUGAUAUCUCAGCAACUGACCUUGCCAACCAAGACCUGGAGGUCAUCGUGAUUCUGGAAGGAGUGGUUGAAACCACUGGUAUCACCACGCAGGCGAGAACCUCCUACGUUGCCGAGGAGAUCCAGUGGGGCCAUCGCUUUGUGUCUAUUGUCACGGAGGAGGAAGGUGUGUAUUCUGUGGAUUACUCCAAGUUUGGCAAUACCAUGAAAGUGGCGGCUCCUCGCUGCAGUGCCCGAGAGCUGGAUGAGAAACCGUCCAUCCUCAUCCAGACGCUCCAGAAGAGUGAACUGUCCCACCAGAAUUCUCUGAGGAAGCGCAACUCCAUGAGAAGAAACAAUUCCAUGAGGAGGAACAACUCCAUCCGCAGGAACAAUUCUUCCCUCAUGGUACCAAAGGUGCAGUUCAUGACUCCAGAAGGGAACCAAAACCCAUCAGAAUCAUGACAGCAAGACCAGCUCAAGGAAGGCUUGGCCUUUCCUGCAGGACACCGUCUGGCUGUAUCUAACCUGGAACCCAGUGAUUUGUCCUUGUACAUCUAAUGCACAUUCGUCCUUGUACAGCUAAUAAUGGAUCUUCAUAUUCAAACAUUGGCACCUUCUAUAACAAUAGUAACACAGGGAUAAAAGAUUUGUGCCUCACAUUUGUUCUUGACAUGCACUAUUUGCCAUGGUAGACUUAAGUUAUGUAUUGGGACUAGUAGACUUUCCUUUCCCUUCAUUUGAAGCACAAGAAGGACCUUGAUUUGACUACCAAGUACUUGGUUCCAUUUGAAAUGCUUAAUGGGUGAAAGCCCAGAGCUCCCUGUAUCUCUUGUGUACCCUGAAAGUGCAGGAGGGAGUGAGAAGGACAAAAUGCUAUUGGUAGCACCUUUGGCAUUUCAGUCAGUGUGUUUGUCAUGUGUGUGAUUCUCCACCAGGGGCGAAGCCAGCUCAGUCUCCUGCUCACCUGUUCCUGCCCCUGUUCUUGGUCCUUCACUGUGGUCCCCUGUGGAAUCCUGCUUCUCUGAGGGGCCUCUGGUGGACAGCCAUGUCCAGAAACUUUGGAGAAAAUCUAAGAAUGUUCCCGUUCCUGUCUCACUGCGAAUUGGAUGACCCCAAAUCACUUUCAGUUGCUCAGUUCUUAAGAUGCCCCACUUGGAAAGAUUGUAUAAAAUAUGUUAUUAAACAUUUCUUUAUAAUCA